AUGACUGCCCCGUUGUCCGCCGCGCAGUGGCAGGCACGCGUUACUUUUCACGCCCCCACGUUCGUAAUCGGCGUUGUAACAGGUGUCGUCCUCCUAUUCGUCCACCAGCACAUCACCUCCACCGUAAAUGGCGGCAUUGGCGGCACGCCGCCCGCUGCAUUCUUCCGCAAUUACUACAACGACAGUAACGGAGACAAUUCCGCGCAUGCGGCGGAGGACGCGGCGGCGGAAAAAGGCAGUCAGGACGCGGCUCGUGGGGGGUGGAAUGGCGGGGGCGACGUGUUGCCAGGGCUGAUGGCGGCGCGUCACGUGGGGUACAACACGAGCGCGGGAGUGGCGGAGGGCAAGCUUAACGUGCACAUCGUGGCGCACUCGCACGACGAUAUGGGGUGGCUCUCGACCGUCGAUCAGUACUAUGCGGAGAAGGUGGCGAGCAUAAUAGACUCGGUGGUGGCGAACUUGGAGGCGAACCCAGACCGCAAGUUCGUGCAGGUGGAACAGGGUUUCUUCUACCGCUGGUGGCAGCAGCAGUCGGACUACAUGCGUGCACGAGUCAAGACCCUCGUUGCCAACAACCAGCUCCUCUUCACCAACGGCGGGUGGGUGAUGCAUGACGAGGCGUGUGUGCAUUACACGGACAUGCUGCACCAGAUGACGCUGGGCCACCGCUUCCUCAAGCGCGAGUUCAACGCCGUGCCAACCGUCACCUGGCAGGUCGACCCCUUCGGCCACUCUGCCACGCACGGCUACCUGCUCACUGCACAGGCGGGCAUGGACGCGGUGUUUGUGGGGCGAGUGGACAUCAAGGAGGGGCGGCGCCGCAAGGACCAGCGCACCUCCGAGUUCCUCUGGCACGCCUCCGAGACCUUCGGCCGCGAUGCUCAGGUGUUCACGGGCAUUCUAGACCGCUACACCUACUAUCCUCCAGAGCUCUUCAAGUGGGAGCCGGGAGAUGACCAUACACUUGGAGUCAAGGAUAACAUCUGGUCCUCAGAGACAAAUGUGAAGCAGCGAGUCAGCGCCUUUGUCAACGUGGCCCUCCAGCAGGCGGCCAGUUACCGCACGAAUCACAUCAUGUGGACCAUGGGGGAGGACUUCUCACACGCGGAUGCACUGCCGUGGUUCUCCAACCUCGACAAGCUCAUUCACUACGUCAACCUCGACGGGCGAGUGAAUGCGUUCUACUCUACCCCAGCCAUGUAUGUGGACGCCAAGCACCGUGCCAACGAGUCCUGGCCCACCAGAACAGGAGACAUGUUCCCCUACGAUGAGCAUGACGGGGCCUACUGGUCGGGUUACUUCUCCAGCCGCCCGUCCUUCAAGUACAUGGCUCGCGUCUGCAGCUCCCUGCUCCUCGCAACCACAGCAGCGGAGGCGCUGGUGGGGCGCAGGGCGCUGGAGCAAUGGGAUGAGCAGGAGGGGCGCUUGGAAGCGCAGCGAGUAGAGGCGUGCGAGACACAAGAAGAGGCGUGCCCGGGGACGGAGGGGUGGCGGCGGAGGGUGCCAGGCUUGGCGUCAACCGCACCGCUGGAAGAUGCUGUGGCGAUUGCGCAGCACCAUGAUGCCAUUACUGGGACGGCCAAGCAGCAUGUGUCGAAUGACUACUCGCUGCGCCUGCACGCUGGCGCUGUGGAGGCCUCACAACAGGCGUGGGAGGCAGCAGUAGCACGAGCGAGAGGGGGAGGGGGAGGGGAGGAGGGGGGAGGGGCGAGGGGGGAAGGCGCAGCAGGGGCAGGGGAGGCUGCGGAGCCAUGGAGGCGGUCACCUAUGGAGGUGAUGCACGAGGGGGAGGAGGCAGGGGAAGGGGAUCGAGGAGGGGAAGGGGACGGGGGAGGGGAAGGGGAGGGGGGAGGGGAAGGUAGUUUAGGCAAGCUCGGAAGGCGGCUGUUGGGAGUAAAUGGGCAGGGAGAUGGGGGAGUUGAGAUGGCUGAGGGGGGAGAGGGGCAGCAGGGAGGGGAGGCAUGGGAGGCAGAGGGGGAGGGGACGGGUGGGCGGAGGAAGGAUGGAGGAGGAAGUGGGCGGCCUGACAGAGUGCUCACGGGUGAACCGGGCGAUACGAGUGACCCGACUGCUGCCAUGCCUGCGCUCGACUUCGCCCUGUGCCCUCUUCUCAACAUCUCCUUCUGCCCGCCCUCUCAGCAGCUGCUCUCGCCCUCCUCCACUCUGGUCGUUGUGGCAUACAACCCCCUCGCCUGGGCUCGCUCUGAAAUCAUCCGCUUCCCGGUGUCCUCCGCAGGGGUGGAGGUGAGGGAUGCAGCGGGGCGAGUGGUGCCAGCACAGAUAGUUCCAGAGGGCCUGGUGCCGCCGCGUCAGCGCGCCGUGCACGUGCAGGCAAACACCGGUGUUCGCCUGCAGCCCACCGCGGGGCCCUUGUCGGACGGCUCUGCUGCGGCGCCGCUGCUGAGCGUGGUGUUUGAGGCACAGGUGCCGCCUCUGGGCUAUGCCACCUUCUUCCUCUCCCCCGCCCAGCCAGGUGCAGCAGGCAUGGCGAGCAACAGCAGCGAGUGGAACGACAACGUGCCGCUGCAGGGCGCUUCUGCAGCCGACACUGCCACACCAGAGGGCAGCGCAGCACCAGAUAGCAGCGGUGCAGAGAGACAGGAGGGAGAAGACAGCAUCGUUCUUGGAGGCCCAUCUCCGCUGGUUUCAGCUGCUUCUGGUGGGGCAGGAGGAGGAGGAGGGGGAGGGGAGGCGUGGGCGCGAGUGAGCUUCUCGCGCAACGGCUACGGGAUGGCAAAGAUGGAGCUCGUGCGAGGCGGCGAUGCUGCUGCUGCUGGCAGCUCUGCUGUGCAAGCAGAGGUGGAACUGUCAAGCAAUCUCAUGGCGUAUAGUAAGACCAUGAGUGGUGCGUAUGUCUUCCGCCCCAUGAAGCCAGCAGAGAGAGUCGAUGCCAACAAUACUGAUGGGCAGGUGCCAGUGCGGGUGGUGAAGGGGCCGCUGCUGCACGAGUUCCAUCGCAAGGUGGCGCCCUCCGUCAAUGAGGUGUUCCGGGUCUAUCCAGGGAAAGACUAUGCCGAGCUGCAUUACGUGGUGGACAUAGAUGAGAAGGAUGCGUACGCCAAGGAGUAUAUCACUCGCUUUGACUCAACCAUCCGCUCCAACUCCACCUUCUACACUGAUUCUAACGGCCGAGACUACAUGACACGCGUCCGCAACUACCCAUAUGACGCCACAGAACCAGCCACACAUCCCAUUGCGGGCAAUUACUACCCGCUGACGUGCGGUGCGCACAUUGGGGACCCCAGCGUGCAGCUGUCAGUGCUGGUGGACCGUGCCCUAGGGGCAAGCAGCCUGGCGGAUGGGCAACUGGAGGUCAUGCUGCACAGGCGGUUACAGACGGACGACAGCAAGGGCGUGGCGGAGGUGCUUAAGGAGAAGAUCUGCAUCAACGGCGGGCAGGAGGGGAGGAGGCGGCGCAGUGGAGGCGAGAGCAUGCUCAACGCCUGCUGA